CUACAGGAAUAUUCCACUACGGUUUUGGUGGUUUUUUCCAAUCUACUCGAGAUGUUGAAUUACAGUAAGGAAAUCUGGCAACGUCGCUUACGGGGACUCCUUGAUGACGUCACGAAUCACGAGAUUGAAGGUCAAGUGGGUAAAGGUUGAAUCACGCGUUUUCAACGUUAGCAAUUUAGACUUGACCAUACCGCACAGACGUCAAACUUGUGAUAAAAAUAGGUUAGGUUCACGAUUUUCAUUUGGCUUUUUCGAAUUUUCCUUUCAUUUUAAUUUUUGUUUAGUGCGUAGAAGCGUAGAUAUUUCAUAUAACAGCAGCAUGUCCGUAUCAACCAGUAUGUCUGAAACCAAAAUGUUCUAUGAGCAGGAAUCCUCAUCUGAAAGGUUAGCUAGGAAGUCAAAGGAGACACCAAUAUUUCCUAUAGCUAUUGGAGUAUGUACGGCGGCAGUAGCGUAUGGGGCAUACGCGUACAAGAACAGAGGAAAAAUGAGCACAAGUGUGUAUCUGAUGCACCUCAGGGUCGGAGCCCAAGGGGCAGCUGUAGGAUCUCUUACCUUAGGCUUAAUGUACACGAUGAUCAAUAAGUAUGUACUAGGGAACAAACCAGAAUAAUUCGUUAGGAAGAUUGUAUGUUCAGUUGUAUUUAUGUAACAUAGAUAUUUUUUAUUGAUUUGGUGAAAUGGCACCAAAAAGUAUUCAGAUUUGUGAUGUACUUGUCUGUGGUAGGUUUGAAGAUGUCAUGCCAGGAGAUAUGAUUGAUUUGUUAUGUUGUCAUAAUAGUUUAAUAUAGAGCAAUAAUUAAAAAAUUAGUUUGAACUACAUCUUUAUUGUUGGUAAGAUAUAUCUUCAUUUGAAAAAAUCUAUAUGAAAUACUGCAAUUCUAUUUUCACUAUGGAACACAUAAUAAAAAUUGUUGCAUAUAUACAGUGGAUUUUUCCGGAAUGCAGAUUUCGACUAAAUGAUAUUCACGUUCAUUUUCUGAUAUUAUGAAAUGCCACUCAUUACUAAUGUUUCGAAGUAUAUUUAGAUUUGGACAUUACCAUAUGUGAUAACUCUUAAAAAUUGUUACAGAUUUACAUAAUAAGUUGUAUUUAGAGUAAUCAAACAGAAUUAUAAACAACGUACCAUUGUAUAACUGAAAAGUGGAUUUCUAGACUUGAAUUAUGCCAAGCUUGUGACAUCUGUGAAGGUAAUUUAUUACUACCUCAUUACUAUAUAGUUUUGUAUAAAAAAACACAGUAAGCCAACUUUUGUAUUUAAUUUCACUACAAACUUAAAUAUUCAAAAUAAUUGAUGAAUGAUAAUAAACUGUAAAAAAUAUUGAUCAGUAUUUUAUUCAAAUUGCUUUUCAUUUCGUAAUUUUCUGAUCUAGUCAAGUUUGCUACUGUUUGAGAGAGAUCAGUUUUUGGACGGAACAUCUACUUGUCUCUCGUGUACCGAGCUUAAAACUUAUCUCUCUUUUUAAUUAAUUGACACUGCAAGUGUAUAAAGUCUACCAUGUAAGUACUAUUUAAUGUUUAAACUUCAAUAUAGAUAUUUUUGAAAAACCAAUACUCUAAGUUUUCACCUGCCAAAAUUGAAGGACGGAAAAUGACUAUGGAUAAACAUAUGGUGCUUCAAAUGCACUAGUUUAUUUCCGCGGUUUUUAAAAAAAUGAUGAUUACAAAUGUUCAAAAACAGUUUUUCGUUAAAUAUGGAUCAUUUUCAAUUUGACCAUAUCUACUUCCGAGAUCCAGUGGUAUCCCGUCCUCAUCUUGAACAUCCUGUAGGUUUUUUUUUGUGAGCAAACUUGAAGAAAAGAUGGGAAAAUAAAAAAAUAACAUCCGUGAUACCUAUUUUUUAUACUUUCAUGAACUUUCCCAUAUCUGUCAACAUUUUGGUAUGCACGUAAAUUAUAUGGUGACACUAACUCUUUGUAAAUAAUUUCAGACGUGACUUCCGUAGGUUUGCUACAGUAUGAUGGAAACGGGAUCCUUUUUUUAUAAAGAAACGUUUUUUGUAACAUAGUGUUCGAAAUUUGAAAAUACCCUUAUGUUUUACUUUCUGAGGUCUACAGUAUUACCAAAGAGUAGUUAUAUAUAUAGUCGUUAUAUUUUGAUGCUGAAGUUUGAUAGAUGGCUCAAAACAUUCUGUCAAAGAUACGCUCUGCUAUGCAAUUACCGAGCGGUGUUGCCAAACUGACAUAAAAUGUUUAGAAAACGCGAGAUUCACACUGAACUGAAUGGAAGUUCAGUUGUUUUCAUGGUUUUUGCAAGUGAUGUCAAAUAACACCGACGAUUGGUCAAAUAAACAAUUUGAGGUUACAAAAAUUUGUACUUCAAUUUGACAUUCCUCUUUUGUUACUAAACUAAAUCGUGCAAUAUUCCGCGUAGGGCCCUAAAAUUUAAGUAGCUUUGUGAUAACUUAUAAGUUUUGAGAGUAUCGCGGAGAUAUAUAUUUCGUAGGCAGCAGACGGAUGCUAAUAAAUAAAUAAAAUUAUUUGAACAAAAGAUUUGUUCACAACAAAUGGUCAAUGAAUUUAUCCAAAAAUAAGUACAGCGCGUGUUUAUACGCCGUUAGCUGUUUUGAGGCCGCCAUAUUUUUGGUUGCAUCUCCUAUUUCUAUUUAAUUUAUUUGCCUUGUCUGUCUUCUCUUGGUAUAACUACUCUUUGGUAUUACCAAGCAUCAUCGACGUACAUUUGUUUAUCAACUAGACAUAAGUAAUUUGUAAAUUACCACAAUUUAACCUUUUUGAAAUAACUAGCUCAGUUUGGGAAAUAAGACCGAAACACUGUUUUUGGCCAUCUUAUACAAUUUUUUGAAAAUCGCGAGAAAUAAACUGCGACAUAUUCAUUUAAAUCACCAUAUUUUUGUCUUACUUUCCCAUAUUAUAUACAUAUCUUCUAUCCUUUAAUUUUGCCAAAAGAUGACAUUUCGCGUACAAUAAUGCUGGAAAUAUUUGCGGUUCUACACGAUGAUUUUUAAGAUUAUGUGAUAGCAUAUACGCAAUAAGGCCAGUCGUCUAGUGAAUGCAUUUUCAUCUGAAAUAUGUUCGCCGGAAAUCGGACGAAAACGCAUUUUAAUUUGGCGAUAUUAAAAAUUUAGUCUGUUAUGACAUUUUUGAUAACAGUGAUAAUUUCUAUUACUCAUAUCUAUUUCUUUCAAGAACUAAAUAUAUCUCGUCAGGAUACUCUAGCUGCACUAUCAACGCCAUUUCAAAUAUUUGUCAGAUAAGUCCGAAAUCGGCGGCUAUGUGUCAGAUUUAUAGACCUUUCUUGAGGCUUCCUUGGAAACUGAAACAAUGACGCUUCCAAGGGAGGAUUUAAAUUCUCAUUUCACAGUGGACUGUAUCAGCUGCCAUCGAUGUCGUAUCUAUUUAGCAUUCUGAUGAGAUAAUUAAUAAACAAUGCAAAAUAAUAAUUUAUGUUUCCUCGAAUUAUAGCUCGAUCACAGAGAAUUGGAUAGAAAAUGUUAUUUUUUGUGAAAUAUUUGAAUUUGGCAGACGUAAUCUGCAACCAGCAAAGCAGUUCGGCGUAACGGGUUGCCUAUAUUCAGUUUUUUUCUUCUCCGCGCUUGUGCUGUAAUUCGAGGAAGCAACACAUUAUUGUGUUAUUUUGCAUUGCUUAUUGCUAUUCAGCACAAAUAAAUCAAAUCUUCCCAAUUUUAUCACCAAGAUGUAAAUAAACUUUUAUGUAUAUUAAAUUGUAAGUAAAUUUUGAAUCCUCCCUCAAGGAACCGUCAUUGUUUCCAAGGAGAGAUUCAAGCAAGCCUCAAGUCUUAAGCAAGGUCUAUAAAUCUGAUUCUAUCUCUCGAUUCUGUCAUUCUCACAUUUUGACAUGGUUUCUCAUGUUUCUGAUUCGGAUGAAACCGCAAUUCCUGGACGACAGGUCUAAUAGUCAAUAUACAAAUCUGGAAUUAAUAAAUCUCAGGUACAAAAAACUAUUCGUAUUCCUGAAGGCUACUAACGGUUUCUUCCAUAUAACUAUGUUGAUUGUUGUAGUGUUAUGUCGGAACCCGUUUAGAAUAUCAGUGAUUUUUAUUGUUUCUUCUAUUUACCCAUUCAAUGGCGUAAAAAAUAUUUUUUUACAAAAGUUUUUCGCGUAAGGAUAAAUGUCUCGAUGUUAUUCUUUCU